CAAGGGUUACCGUUGCUCGGCGACAAUCCUACUUGUGAGAAGAUGUUUGGAGAUUAGGUCACCAUGGCUGUUCACGAGGCACCGGUAUAUGUGCCUGGUUUCAACAAGUUAUUUGUGGGUGUUCUUGAGCAAGGGUAUUUACCGCAGUUGGUUGUGGAUUUGAACCAGGAUCCGCAUGCUCUGAGCGAGUUUGAAAGUGAUCCGCCUGUUUAUGCGCCUAAUGGUGGUACUUGUCAUGGUGGUCUGGUUUACUGGGGCCGUCUUCACAAUCAAAAUCUUCAACGAUUGUAUGAAUGAUGAACUGACUAUGGAAAAAACAGGUGCCGGUGGCGGUAACAAUUCAAUCGGCGGCACGGAACAGCGCCCUGGUGUCAGAGUCUUGGACCCUACCACCAACAAGACAACCACACUCCUAAACAACUACUUCGGCUUCUACCACAACGGCCUAGACGACCUCUUCGUAGACUCCCACGGCGACAUCUGGUUCGCCGACCCCGAUUACGCAUGGAAUGGCAACUGGACAGACCACAACCCCUCAACUCCACGCCCAAACCUACCGUUUUCCGUCCUUCCCAACGGUCAACUCUGGGUGCCUGAAGAUUCACUCGGUCAAACCAAUGGUAUCGCCAUCUCCCCUGAUGCCGAAAACGUUUACGUUUGCGAUAUCAUCGCUGGCAGUGGUACUAUUUCUCCGCAUUAUCCUAAUAUCCACUCUAUGCUUUACAAUCAGACUGCCAAACACACGGUUUACAGAUACGAUAUCGUUGAUGCGGAUGCAGCACCUGCACUCAUCAACAAACGUCCAUUCUACUAUUCGCAAGAGUGGGUGCCCGAUGGUGUCAAUGUCGCCGCAAAUGGUUUCGUUGUCGCUGGUGUGGGUAUGGGUGUAGAUGUCAUAGAUCGUACUGGUUCUUUGGUCUUGCAGAUCAGGACGCAUUAUAUUGUGCAGAAUUUCGCUUUGGGUGGGAGAGCAUCUUACGGGAAUUUUGGUUGGAUGGGGCAGGGUGGGAUUUCUAGGGUCAGAUGGAAUUUUGAAGGCGGCAGGAGUUGAAGUAAGAUUGUUUUUCGUCAACAGUAUUACGCAAACAUGUGUAUCUGUCAAGAUGCUGCACGAUUGGAAUUUACACUUGAGUAAGGUUUCCAAGGGAGGAUCCUUCAAG